AUGGCAGACCAAGCGGCCGACAAUGCUCCCACUGCAGCCCCAGCUGAAGAAGCACCGAAAGCUACAACUGAAUCCGUUCCCAAUGCCAUUCCUGCUCCCGCUCCCGAAUCUGCUCACGAAUCUGCUCCAGCCGAAGCUCCCGUAGCCGAUGGUGAUCACGCUGCUCAAGCUCCCGCUUCGGAAUCCCAUGCUGAAGCUCCCUCUACUGAAACCCAUGCUGAAGCUGCUGCCGCUGAAUCUGCCCCGUCGGAAGUUACUACAACUUCAGCUACGGAGACCCAUACUGAACCAUCUGCUCCUACUGAACACGCAUCUGAGCCCGCCACCGCCGCUGAACCUGAAUGUCACAAGGAGGAAUCUGCACCGACAACGACUGCUCCCGAUGUAGGCCAGCAUGACCAACAAGAGGCAGCUGAAGCUGCUGCUCAAGCCCCAGCGCCAGAGGCCACUCCAGAAGCUGCUGCCAAAGAGGAAGCCGCGCCGGCUGCAGAAACCCAUGCUGAAGCUCACGCAGAAUCCCAAGAUUCCCACACAGAAGCUCCCUCUGUUGAGCCAGAGUGCCACAAAGAGGAAGUAACUCCAACUUGCGCUACUUCAGACGAAUCAGCACCGGCUGCCGAAGCACCGGCAGCUGAAACGCAUGCUGAAGCUCAACUGUCCGAAUCUGUCCCAGAAGCCCCCAAAGAAGAAGCUGCUCCAGCUGUAGAAGCAGCAUCUGAAGCUCACGCCGAGGUUGCCCAAGAAUCCCAUGCCGAAGCUGCCCCUUCAGGGGAAUCUGCUCAACCUCCAGUAGCAGAGGCUCCACAAGAAGCUCACCCUGAAGCCCAAGCAGAGACCGCCCCAGAACCCCAUGCCGAAGCUACUUCAAUAGGAGAAUCUGCCCCAGCACAAGCAACCGAACCUCAAUCCGAACCUCAAGCCGAGGCCGCCCCAGAAUCCCAUGCCGAAUCCGCUCCAGCACCAGCAGCAGAAGCCUCUCAGGAAGCCCAUACCGAAGCACAAGCCGAGACCACCCCAGAAUCCCAUGCCGAAGCUCCUUCAUCGGGAGAAUCUGCCCCAGCACAAGAAGCGCAAGCUCACGCCGAACCUCAAGCCGAAGCCGUCCCAGAAUCCCAUGCUGAAGCUACUCCAACUCCAGCAGCAGAGGCAUCACAGGAAGCUCACGCCGAAACUCAUGCCGAAGCUGCCCCAGCACCAGCAGCCGAGGCCUCACAGGAAGCUCACACCGAAACUCAUGCCGAAGCCGCCCCAGAAGCCCAUGCCGAAGCUGCCCCAGCACCAGCAGCCGAGGCCUCACCGGAAGCUCACGCUGAAACUCAUGCCGAGGCCGCCCCAGAAUCCCAUGCCGAAGCUGCUCCGGCACCAGCAGCGGAAGCCUUACAGGAAGCUCAUGCCGAACCUCAAACCCAGGCCGCUCCAGAAUCCCAUGCUGAAGCUGCGCCAGCUGAAGCUCACACAGAGGCCGCUCCAGCUGCCGAAGCUCCACAAGAAGAGCAUGUUGAAAAGCAAACCGUAGCUCAAACAGAGGCUGUUCCUGAAUCCGCCCCACAGGCUGAAACUCCUCAUGAUGCCCCCGCCGAAACCCACGCUGAAUCCGCUCCCGAUGCCGAAGCUCACGCUGAAUCCGCUCCAGUCCCACACGCACAUGAUGAACAACACGCUGAACCCGCGCCAGCUGCACAAGAAUCAGCUGAACAUCACGAAGAAACUCACCAUGCUCCCGAACCUGCAGUUCCUGAAGCUCCAGCUACGGAGUCUGCACCCGUUCCAGCCGAGGCUCCUACAGCCGCCGCUGAGCCUGAAAAAGUCGAGGGUGAUUCUGCACCAGCCGUUGAUGCCGCACUACAGCAGUCGGCACCAGCGGCCGCCAGCUAG